AUGGAAUACACACCACCACCAACACCAGAAUCAUUCCCCCAAUUCCGCAAACGGCCGCUUCCCAGCACACGGCGUCUGCCAACCCGCUUCCAAGCAUCCGCCGCGGGGCUCGAUCUCUCCAACAAGGUCUUUCCAACCACGCCCAUCACCUUCUGGCUCAACACCCGGCACUUCCCCCACGUCCCCUCCUCCUCCCCCCUCCUCCCCUACCAAGACGACCCCUCCGACCCCCACCCCAACAUCCUCUCCGUCUCCCUUCCCCCUUCCCCCUUCGCCACCACCCUCCAACGACUCGCUUCCUACUUGCCGGCGCCUGUCGCCUCUUUCCUUACCCACCGGCUUAUUCCGGAAUGGUUCCUCCCUUCGCGUGUCAUUCUCAAACAACGGAGGCGGGAUACCUACGCUGACGAAGAUGUUCAUGUAGCGCGGUUUACGCGCGAGGUGGAUGUUUAUGAGCGGUUGGGAAAGGUCGGGUUACAGGGGGCUGGGGUCGGGGAAGGCGGGAUUGUGCCGAGGAUGUAUGGACGGACGCAUUUUGAGGGACGGGACGCGAUUGUGUUGCAGGAGGUACCCGGGAUGUCGUUACGGGCUCCGGAAGUGGUGGCGCGGGAGUGGGAGGGGGAUUUGGAGGGAAUGGUGAGGGAGUGUUACGAGAAGUUGGCUGGGGCGGGCGGGUGGCAUGAGGAGGCGUGGUUGGAGAAUUUGUGGGUUGUGCCGGCGGGGGUGCCGGGGGUUCCGGGGGAGAGGGUGGUGGUUGUUGGGUUAGGGGGGGUUCGGUGGGAGGGGGAGGAGGAGAGGUUUUGGGGGGGCAGGGAGAAGGGGUGGUGGGUGGAGGGGGCUUUGGAGGGGUUGGGGGAUGUGUUGGGACGGUUGCAGAAGGGGUAUUGGCAGGAUGGGUGGUUGGAGGAGUUGGAUGAUUAA